AUGACGCUAGGUUCAGGAGGAUCGGGUGUCGUGGUCCCACGAAACUUCAGAUUGCUGGAGGAACUUGAACGUGGAGAGAAAGGUAUUGGGGAUGGCACUGUCAGCUAUGGAAUGGAUGACGGAGAUGACAUCUACAUGCGUUCUUGGACUGGUACCAUCAUUGGUCCCCACAAUACCGUACAUGAAGGACGAAUCUAUCAGUUGAAGCUGUUCUGUGAUAAAGAUUACCCUGAGAAGCCACCAAGUGUUCAUUUUCAUUCACGGAUUAACAUGACUUGUGUUAACCAUGAAACUGGAGUGGUGGAACCGAAGAAGUUUGGACCUCUUGCGAACUGGCAGCGUGAGUACACCAUGGAGGAUAUACUUACACAGCUGAAAAAGGAGAUGGCAUCCCCACAUAACCGGAAGUUGGUCCAGCCUCCAGAAGGUACCUACUUCUAG